AUGGCGGCAACCGACGACAACGGCGUAUCCGGGCACCGUGAGUUCGGUGAAGCGGCAACCAUGGAAAGGACGAAACUGCGGUUGUGGAAACAAUGGGUCGCAAAGCAACAUCGGCAAAUGCGUAUGUAUAACGCGGAGGAGUGGUUUCAACGUUUGUUGAAUAAUGUAGAGGACGCGACAGUACCGCAACACGGCCAAGCACCUAUAGCGGAAAAAGGCACAGAAGUGGAAGCAGUAACGGCAACAGAACACUUGCUACAAGUCAGAGAUGCACCGCGCUCGCAACUGCAUCCGCAACCUUACAUGAAACAACGGUUAACCGCUAAAACAUGGAUACUGAUCCUGGCAUUAGUCAUAGAACAGUGCGAAGUCGAACGCAGUUUGCAGGAGAAGGAGUUAUAUGUAGAUGACCUAUUGGAACAGCUCUGA